AUGAAACCGAUCAUCUUGCUGGCUCUCGUUUGUGUUACUUCUUGUGUUUGGGCUCGACCGGAUGGCUAUCCCAGUGCUCGUCCUCCGGCCACUUAUCUGCCCGCGAAGCCACCAGCCGCCCCUCCGCCAAAGAGUGGCUACGGCCCACCUCCGAAAAACGGUAAUGGUAAGCCACCACCUGCUCCACCCAGGCCCAGCUAUGGUCCACCUAAAAACGGUAAUGGUAAGCCACCACCUGCCCCACCCAAACCCAGCUACGGUCCACCACCCAAAAAUGGCAACGGAAAGCCUCCACCCAGCAAUGGUUACAUACCACCUGGAAAUGGAGAUUCUGGGUCGUCUGGAAAUGGAGGGGGUGGUCCGGAGGGAGGAGGAGAAGUCAUUCCAAUCAUUAAGCUAGAGUCCCAGGUCAACACUGAUGGAUCCUACAAGUAUGAAUAUGAAACUGGAAACGGAAUAAAAGCCGAGGAGAUGGGCUAUCUAAAAAAUGCCGGGGUGGAGGGUGCUGAGGCCCAGACUGCCGAGGGAUCCUUCUCCUACACCAGUCCCGAGGGAGAGGAAAUCUCACUGACCUACAUUGCGGACGAGAACGGAUUCCAGCCCCAAGGUGACCACCUGCCGACACCACCGCCCAUACCCAUCGAGAUUCAGGAGGCCCUUGACAAGCUGGCGGCAGGAGGUGGAUGUCAUGGAUGCGAUGACAACGAAGUGGGUGGGCAGGACAAUGGCGGGGGCAGUGGUUAUUCAUACAAGAGAAAGUAA